AUGGCGCUGAACAACACAGAACUCCGCGAUGAAGCGGUCCGCGACCGAAUCAAACUCGCAACGGAAUUCCUCGAUCCUACAGACAUUGAAGCUCGAUCCUACCGCGCGGACAUCGUGUUGAUGCUCAACCGUGGCCUGCGACGACUGGUAGUUAGCAUCGACGACAUUCGAGCCCAUUCCAGAGAGCUUGCUGAUGGAAUUCUCUACAACCCUUUUGACUACUCUCUUGCCUUUGACGCCGCACUGAAAAACGUCAUCGGCACGAUACCCAACCGAGCACCUUUCGAGCAAGAUGAGGAUCGGUUAUAUUAUGUUGCGUAUUCGGGCUCGUUUGGAGAGAAUACUUGCAGUCCUAGGACUUUGGGGAGCGCGUUGCUCAACCGAAUGGUGUGUCUGGAAGGCAUUGUCACGAAGUGCAGUCUGGUCAGACCAAAGGUGAUCAAGAGUGUACAUUGGAAUGAGAAAAAGAACACGUUUAUGUUUAGAGAAUAUCGAGACCAGACUAUGAGUGCAAAUGCGCCCGCCAGUCUGAGUGUUUAUCCGCAAGAAGAUGGAGAGGGUAACCCACUGAUCACAGAAUACGGCUACUGUACAUAUCGCGAUCAUCAGACCAUCAGCAUCCAGGAAAUGCCAGAAAGAGCACCUGCUGGUCAGCUCCCUCGUGGCGUCGAUGUCAUUAUGGACGACGACAUGGUCGAUCGAGUCAAACCUGGAGACCGGAUCCAGUUGGUGGGCAUCUUCAGAUCCCUCGGUAAUAGGAACGCUGGAUCUGGUUCGUCGAUCUUUAGAACCUUGAUCCUGGCCAACAACGUGGUUUUAUUAUCCUCAAAGUCAGGAGGCGGAAUUGCCCAAGCUACAAUCACGGAUCAAGACGUUCGAAACAUCAACAAGAUGGCGAAGAAGAAAGAUGUCUUCAAGUUGCUGUCGCAAUCCCUCGCACCGAGCAUUUUCGGACAUGAAUAUAUCAAAAAGGCCAUUCUGCUCAUGCUCCUAGGCGGCAUGGAGAAGAAUUUGCCGAACGGCACCCAUCUGAGAGGUGAUAUCAAUAUUCUCAUGGUCGGGGAUCCCUCGACCGCGAAAUCACAGCUUUUGAGAUUCGUGCUCAAUACGGCCCCCGUAGCAAUUGCAACAACUGGUCGUGGAUCUUCCGGGGUCGGUCUGACCGCUGCCGUCACUUCUGACAAAGAGACCGGAGAGCGAAGACUGGAAGCGGGUGCCAUGGUUCUGGGAGAUCGAGGAGUGGUCUGCAUUGAUGAAUUCGACAAGAUGAGUGACGUUGAUCGAGUGGCCAUUCAUGAAGUCAUGGAACAGCAGACGGUCACCAUUGCCAAAGCCGGUAUUCACACGUCUCUCAAUGCAAGAUGCAGUGUCAUUGCAGCAGCAAACCCCAUCUUUGGCCAAUACGACAGUAACAAGGAUCCACACAAGAAUAUCGCCCUUCCAGAUUCCCUUCUCUCGCGUUUUGACUUACUCUUCAUCGUCACGGAUGACAUCAAUAACCAACGAGACAGAGAAAUCUCGGAGCAUGUUCUCAGAAUGCACCAAUAUCGUCAGCCUGGAACCGAGGAAGGAGCUCCGAUCCGGGAACAGGCCCAACAGAUUCUCGGCGUGGGCUUACAGGCCGAGCAAAACGCCAAUCAGACGACCGAGGUAUACGAGAAGUAUAAUCCCAUACUCCACUCUGGAUUCAAGGUAGACACCGACGGCCGCAGAGGCAGGAACAAGCUAGUAAAUCCUGUCAGCAUACCGUUUAUCAAGAAGUAUAUUCAAUACGCGAAGAGCAGGUGCAAGCCAAGCUUGACCAAAGAAGCAAGUGAUUACGUGGUGAAUUCUUACGCAGACUUGAGAAACCAAGAGGUCGACGCCAACAAGCGCAGAACCAGUCCUAUGACUGCCAGAACACUGGAGACGCUGAUCCGGUUGUCGACUGCCCACGCAAAGGCGAGACUGUCUAGCAGGGUUGAAGAAAGUGAUGCCGUUGCGGCAGAGCAGGUCCUCAAGUUUGCUCUCUUCAGAGAGAUCCCUGUGAAGGAAGAUGGACGAAAGAAGAGACGCAAGACCCGCGAUGCAAACGCUGAGAGUUCCGAUGAAGAGAGUGAUGCCACCAGUGAUGACGACAGCGAUGAUGACGAUACACCGUACCGUGGAACAAGAUCGUCGGGACCACGUGGUGGGAGGCCUCCGACCAGAAGUCAACGUUCGACUCGCACAAAUGGCACAACGAAUGGCAAAGGCUCUGCACGAUCGAAUGGUCAUGAUGUUGCCGAAGAAAAUGACUCCGAGGAAUCGGACGCGCAGCCAAGCUCUUCCCAACGACGGACGGGCGCAGAAUCGCAAAUGUCUCGCAUGAGUCUUGCCAGCUCUAUUCCUAGUUCUCAGCUUCCUUCCACGCCAGCUGACUCACAAUCGCAAUCCCGUCGGACACAAACGCAACCCGAGAUUCAACAGUCGCCUUCGCCCGAGACUGAACCUAGUAUCUCACAACCACGCCUGGCAUCAUUCCGUGCUGUUCUCGGUCGCCUGACGCAGACUUCCUUGUUCCAAAAUGAUAUGGCGUCCGUGGCUGAUCUGACUGCCGCCGUCAAUCAUCGCGUGUCCGAGAGUCAUGGGACGGAAUUUUCUAAUGUGGAGAUCAAUGCCGCUCUGAAGGCAAUGGAAGAAGCCAACCAAAUCAUGUACCUGGAGGACAGUGGUGAAGUGUACACUUUGUAA